AAGCCGGGUUUAAGUAGCGGGUGGUUCUCGUCGCGUACAAAGGUUGAUAAGCGCGAUCGUCGCGUCGUCAGAAGGCUGGCCAUCGCGAGGUCAGCCCUCCUCAAACCGCAUUUCCUGAACUCGUUCGUCGUUCCAAAUUGUACGGCCGAUAGCGAUCGAAUCUCUCGUGCUAAUCGCAGACUCCUCUAUUGAUUCGCGAUGUCGUCAGGUAUGCCAGACGUCGGCCUCCUCGUCCUUUCUCCAAGAAAUCUGCCCAAAUUGAAGACUCUCCUCACCAGUGCUGCUCAGUCGAUCACCUCUCGUCUUUAUAUACGUGUUCAAGGGCCUUGUUUGGAUACCGUGCUGCCUUCGCUAUACCUACAAUCUUCAAUCCAUUGUCCGCAGUUGGAUGUACGGGUUUUGCUGGGGAAGAAGUUGCCAAAAUAUGGUCGUUUAAUCGGCGAGGAGAACUUGGAAGAUCUCUCUGUCAUUCCGCCGAAGUACAAAAAAGUUGUUCUCGGCGGUACGUUUGACAGACUACAUAAUGGUCAUAAGGUUCUGCUAUCGAAAGCUGCUUUGUUAGCAAGUGAAAGUGUUGUUUGUGGAGUUACAGAUAAAGCAAUGAUAGAAAAGAAGUCGCUUUGGGAGUUGAUAGAGCCGGUAUCUAUCCGAAUUCGCGCUGUCGAAGACUUUAUAGCUGACGUUUCUGACAACGUAGUUUGCCAAGCUGAACCGAUCGAGGAUCCCUUCGGUCCGUCUACAAGGAUCCCAGAUCUGGAAGCGAUUGUUGUUAGUCAGGAAACAAUCAAAGGAGGAGAAGCAGUCAAUAGAGUGCGGAAGGAAAAAAAUCUCUCUCAAUUGGACAUGGUAACCAUUGAUCUCCUAGAAUCUAUCGAUCAUGUGCUCAAGGAGACGAAGAUCAGUUCUUCAAGUCGUCGAAGAGAAGACCUUGGCAGGCUUCUACGUCCACCUACAUUACAUCCAGAACGCAAAGGUCUCCCAUACGUAAUUGGUCUAUGUGGAGGCAUAGCCUGCGGGAAAAGCAAUAUAGCCAAGUAUCUGAGGGAAGAACCUGGAUUCGAGGUUAUCGACUGUGACAAAUUAGCUCACACAUGCUAUGAACCUGGUGGUGAACUAACCGAAGAAGUCGCUAAAAGUUUUGAUGGUGUUGUUGAAAAUGGCGUCAUAAACAGGAAACUUUUAGGACAAGCUGUAUUCAGUGAUGAAAUGAAAUUGAAAAGUUUAUGUGAGCUAAUCUGGCCACACUUGAUGAAGAAAAUAAAGUCGCGUGUUGCUGUUUCGAAAAGCGAUGUCAUUGUGGUAGAAGCAGCUGCGAUAAUUGAAGCGUCGUGGCACACUUACAUGGACGAGUUAUGGACGGUAUUUGUCCCACAUGAGGAAAUGGUGCGGCGGAUUGUUGAACGAGAUGGCUUAUCCAAAGAACAGGCCGAAGCUCGUAUAAGAAGUCAGAUCUCUAACAGGGAACGUAUUGAGCACAGUAAUGUUGUCUUUUGUUCGCUAUGGGCAUAUGAAGAGACUCAAGCUCAGGUGAAGAAGGCUGUCAAGGAGCUUAAAUCUCGUCUCCCCCCAAGAUCUUCAUUUUCUUGAAUUCUCAUUCGAACCUUUAUAAGUUCCAAUUAUCUAUAUGACCUUACUAUAUUUUCUGCGGGAUUGUCUGAGUGUUGAGUAACGACAUAGGUGCUGUAGCUGUAUUCCUUUGGAUUUGGACUGUGCGCGGUCCGUUACUUCUGUGAUAACUUUUAGCUUGCAUAAACCAUACGUGUGCUUACGUUACUUUUAUACUCGUCUUAGAUGCUACCUCAUCGUUGCACAUGUUGUAAAUCUGACGAUAAAUUUUUAUUAUCAAA